UAUAUCUCUAUGGCAAUUUUUUUUCAUUCAGUCAGAAAAUUGACACAUUUGUUUGCUGUCAUGACGUUAAUCGAAUUUUCUUGUGAAUGAAAAUAUUUAAGUAAAUUUUCCGCGAGUUUUAAACUUAAAACUUGUUGCUGAAAACUGAAAAGUGUUUUUCGUUAUAAUAUUGAACAAUCAGUGUGUAAUAAAAACAGCAGAUUCUGAUUAUGGUAAUGUUAGCGAGGGCGGCAAGAACUUGAGAAAGUGAACCAGUGAAGUGAAUAGUGAAGUGAAAGUGAAGUUUAGUGAAAAAGUGCAAUAUGGAUCCGGGAUACUUCGAUAUAGAAAGGAAACAGAACCCAAGGGAGAGGGCAAAUUAUCUCUCGAAAUUAUGCUUUUGGUACACAAGACCAGUUUUCGUGAAGGGGCGGAAAGGACAGCUAAACAUAUCAGAUAUGUACAGAUGUACGCCGGGGCACAGGGCGGCGCCGCGAGGCGACGUUAUGGGGGCCCAAUGGAAAAAGGAACUAGGAAAGCAAGAAAAAGGCAAAAAGCCGUCGCUAUUAAGAACCAUUAUGAACAUUUAUGGGCCUACGUUUAUAACAUUUAAUUUAAUAUUUUCAAUUUUCGACUGUGCUUUUAGAUUAUCCAUACCAUUGUGUCUUGAAGGUUUAAUAAAUUAUUUUUCUCCGUCCCACUCCGGCAUAGAGACUUAUCAAGCGUAUCUUUACGCGGCAGGCGUUGUAGGGUUUAUGGCAAUCAACGCCAGCAUGAUGCAUCCUAUGUUGUUAUUUUUGUUAGAUAUGAGUAUGAAAAUACGAGUUGCUUGCUGCUCUCUCAUAUACAGGAAGCUUCUCCGAUUAGAUUUAAACGCAGGAGGCAAAGCCUCUGAAGGUCUAGCGGGUCACGUGAUCAAUCUUUUGACCACAGACGCGCAAAGGUUCGACAUGGCGAGUCUGUUCAUGGUGGACCUAGUACGCACGCCCAUAGAGAGCGUGAUCAUAGUGUAUCUUAUGUACCGCCAGAUAGGGGUCUCCACUCUCAUCGGCGUAUCUUUUCUACUAAUGUUCAUUCCUUUGCAAGGUUACCUGGGCAAAGUAUCAAGUAGAUUCCGAAGGCAGACCGCCGUACGGACGGACAACAGAAUCCGUCUGAUGAACGAGGUGAUACAGAGUAUAGAGGCUAUCAAGAUGUACGCUUGGGAGAAUGCGUUCGCGGGUAUCAUUGGACACGCUAGAAGAAAAGAAAUGAACGUCAUCAAGAAAAUGUCGUGGCUGCGAGCCGUGAUGAUAUCCUGUGUGAAACUCAACACCAAAGUGGCCAUAUUCCUCAGCAUAAUCUCCUUCAUCUCGUUCAAGAACGACCUAACCGCCGCCAAAGUCUUCGUCAUCUUCUCGUAUUACGACAUUUUGAAAUACUCCCUAGUCGAUUUCCUGCCAUUGGCUAUAACUUUUACGUUGGAAGCUUAUGUGAGCAUACAAAGGAUUCAAGAGUUCCUUUUGUUACCCGAGGUUAAUAACCAGGAUGGAGUGGACUUGGUUACUAUAGAUGAGGUUAAGAAUCCCACUGGAGUUAACGGGGUUUUUGAGAAGAUUAGCAAUGGCCAACAAGCGUACAUCAAGUCGGAAUCGAACCUGGAGCAGCUGAAGCCGAAUGUGCUGGUUAGCUUCAAGGACUACACGGCGCACUGGCCCAGCACCGACGAAGAUUCCAAGGAGCAAGUCGUUGCGUUGAGCGAUAUCAACUUAAACAUAAAACCAGAAUCCUUAACCACCAUAGUGGGCACAGUGGGAUCAGGAAAGACCACGUUACUAAUGGCGAUGCUGCGGGAGAUCAUUCCCACCGCUGGACAUCUGGCAGUGCGUGGGGUGUUAGCCUACGCAGCGCAAGACCCCUGGCUUUUUGAGGCUUCGGUUCGACAAAACAUCCUGUUCGGGCAAGAGUUGGACCUCCGGAGGUACAAACAAGUAAUCAAAUGCUGUCAACUCAAGAGCGAUCUGGACAUCCUGCCUCAUGGAGACAAAACCGUUGUUGGAGAGAGAGGGACAUCGUUAUCGGGCGGCCAACGCGCCAGGAUAUCUCUGGCCCGCUGCGUGUACCAGCACGCAGACGUAUAUCUACUGGAUGAUCCUCUAGCGGCCGUUGAUGCUAAGGUGGCACAAGCAAUCUACGAAGAGUGCAUCCGAAGUUUCCUUCGCGAUAAGGCGACUGUCCUUGUCACUCACCACGUGCAGUACGCGGUACACGCUUCCAACGUGUGCGUCAUGCGGUCAGGCAAGAUAGUCGCACAAGGAACAUACCACGAACUCAAGAAUGGAGUGGCAGAAUUCGAGAAGUUGAUAGAAAUGGGCGAGAAGGGCGAAGAAGAGAAGCAGAAGCAGAAGGAAAAGCUCGCCUACGAGAAACAGGAGAGCGUUGAGCACAGCUAUAAGCUUCGUUCGCAGAGGUCUAUGUCCGAAGCCUCCCAGCUUUCAUUCAAUAUGGAUCUGGACAACAAUAAAGACCCGGCAUAUGAAGGUGAAACUCAAAAGAAAGGCUCAGUGGACUUCGGCGUAUACUUGAGCUACAUAAAGAGCGGCGGCGGCAAGUUCACUAUGAUCCUCUUAUGUUCACUGUUCAUGCUGGCGCAGAUAUUCUACUCCUCCACUGAUGUUUGGCUCAAGGAGUGGGUUAACCUAGAAGAGGCCAAUAGCGCUCGCCAGGUACUAACCAGGAAUAUGUCCAGCAAUGACACUCCGUCUUUGAACUUCCAGGACUUGCCAAUGAACUAUUUCCACCUGACGCGCAACCAGUGCGUGUACAUAUACGCGUCGCUCAUCGUCAUCUGCAUGUUCUUCACGUGGAACAAGCUGCUCGUGUUCUACAACACCUGCAUCAAGGCCUCCACCGUCUUCCACGAUACUAUGUUCCGGGGGGUAACCAACGCUCCGAUGUGGUUCUUCCACCACAAUCCAUCAGGACGUAUCCUCAACCGCUUCUCUAAGGACAUGGGGCAAGUGGACACCUUACUUCCAGUCGCACUCGUCGACUGCCUAGGGUUCUUUCUAGAAGUGAUUGCAAUCCUCGUGGUCGUAUGUUUGGUGAACUGGUGGCUCCUUCUGCCAACUGCUGUGGUGGCCUUCCUCUUGCAUCUUCUGCGGUUGCUCUUCUUGAAUACCAGUCGAGAGUUGAAACGGAUUGAAGCCAUUGCUCGAAGCCAAAGUCUCAACCACGCUGCGGCAACUGUGGACGGUCUAAGUACGAUCCGUUCAACCCGAGAGCAACAGCGGACGUUGGCCCAAGAGUUCGACAAACUCCAAGACCUGCACAGUUCCUCCUGGAGCCUUGUACUGUGUACCAACCGGGCUUUUGGAUUUUGGAUGGACAUGGUGUGCUGCUUGUACCUUGCCGUCGUCACUUUCAGCUUCUUCCUCUUCAUUGGACAAGACUCGAUGGGUGGCAACGUCGGUCUGGCCAUCACUCAAGUAAUCGGCCUCGUGGGCAUGUGUCAAUACGGCAUGCGACAAACGGCUGAAGUAGAGAACCAAAUGACGUCGGUUGAGAGAAUUUUGGAAUACACACAUCUCCCUGCAGAAAAACCAGUGGAGCCCGACAUGAAAGCGCUGAAGUCAGCACAUCCUAACCUAGAUUUUGAAACAUGGCCCAAUCAAGGUGAAAUAAUCUUCGACGACGUAUCCCUGGAGUAUGAAAAGCCGCCCAAACAAAAGGAGCAGCAUUCUGAAUCCGGGAUCAAACUGGACGAGCCUGCGUUCGCGAUAAGGGGGGUGAACUUCACCAUCCGCCCCGGGGAGAAGGUUGCUGUGGUGGGGAGGACCGGGGCUGGCAAGAGUUCCCUUAUUAAUGCUCUGUUCAGGUUAAGCAAGAUCUCGGGCAAGGUGACAGUGGACGGAGUGACGGCAGACCAAGCGGGCUUGCGUCGCUGGCGCUCGCGGCUGUGUGCGCUGCCGCAGCGGCCCGCGCUGUUCGCGGCCACGCUGCGCGACAACCUCGACCCCGAGCAGAAGUACACCGACGCGCAGCUGUACGCGGCGCUGAAUGAGGUGGAACUCCAAGAGCUGGUGAGCUCGCUGCCGGGAGGCCUGUCCUCCAAGGUGGGCGACGGUGGCGGCAACCUGUCCAGUGGCCAGCGACAGCUGCUGUGCCUGGCGCGCGCGGCACUGGCGCGCAGGGCGGUGCUGGUGCUGGACGAGGCCACCGCUAAUGUCGAUACUGAAACGGACAAACACAUCCAGUUAACCAUACGCACCAAGUUCGCGGACUCCACCGUGCUGACGAUCGCGCAUCGCCUCAACACCGUCAUGGACUACGACAGAGUCAUUGUUAUGGACAAGGGUCACGUAGUGGAGUCGGGUCAUCCGUACGAAUUGUUGACCCAAUCGAGCCAACAGGCGAAGCCGGAGGCGCAGACUAGACGACCCAUACUCACCAAGAGUCAGGCUCCACUGGCGAUCCCAGAAAACUUCGCUUACGAGAGUGGACUGGAGCGACAUGAGGAACCACAAGAAACGCUCGUCAUCUCACGCGACAGGAUUAGGACUUACUCCAACAGAUCUGAGGUGAGCGAGCCGGAGGGCGGCAUUUUCAAGACACUGGUGGAACAGACGGGGCCGGGCACCGCCGCUUUGCUAUACCGGAUGGCGGAGCAGAGUUACAAGAAAUGGCUGGAAAAGAAAAACUCCUAAACUAAAGCUCCUAAAAAGCGAGGCAACUAUAUUAAGUGACCAUUGUUAAAAUUGUCAAUUAUUAUUGUCAAUAGUUUGACCCUAUACAAUGUGCCUUUCACGUCAAUACAGUACGUGUUAUGAAAGUUGGAUAAACUAUUCUUCUCGCACGUUGAAGUUGCCUCGAUCUGAGGCACGCCGCGCCUUGAGGCAAAAUUUCUCCGAACUUCUUUUUUUUCUUAGACUCAAACUAGAGGCGGACAAGCAGACAUUAUCAUUUGAGGAGCCUCUAAGGGCCGGCGAACAUAUGGUGGAGCGCAGCGCAGAGCAUUUUUCACAGUCAAAAUAUUAUCAACAUUGCCCUCAUUGAAAUAAUUUCUAAAAUCAAUUGUGCAUCCGUGCGGAUACUCACGCAUCCGCGCGCAGUCCCGCGCGUGCUCGCGCAUUCUCUGGUACAAAUUCGCGUAAUGUGUCACGCGAUUAGAAAACUUCGCGGGUAUGCUCUGCGCUGCGCUCCGCCAUAUGUGCGCCGGCCCUAACUCCGUUUACUAUUAGUAGACCGGCGCGGGGGAGAGCAAAGCAAAUUUUGAUCGUAGUUAUAAUUAACUUUUAGCACAUUGAAAUAAGGUUAUAGGAAUAAAUAAAGAAAAUAAUGUAGGUGAAACUUAUUUCAAUGUCCUAAAACUCAAUUUUAAUAAUUUAGUCCUAAAACGUGUCAGUCUAUCUUACGGGUCCUCAAUUUGCCUCAAGCCAAGGCUACUUAAACGGGAUUUUGAUUUGAAAAUUGAAUAUUUCAACUUUUGAGGCGAACUGUACGAGAUUUUUUUGUUUCAAUAAACAAAUCUUGAAUACUGAAACUAUUCUAAAAAUCUGGAGGCAUCUUAAUUUUUGAUUGAAACCCCGCCACCUAAUAUCUAACGUUCCAUCAAAUAUUGCGUUUCAGUAUUCCAUUACUAUACUGUUAUUAUACUUACUAGUACUUUAUGUACUUAAGAAAGUACUUACGUACUUAUUACAGUGACUUAAGCUAGGCGUAGGCGCAAAUAGUAUGAUCAGUUUUGAUCACUUUUGCAUUUAAUUACGUUUUGUUUCAAUAGCAAGUAAGGCUGAUCGCAUUUGCCGUGAGCAACGCAUUUUUAUACCGGAUUAUAAGACAUCCUUCUCCUUAGUAUAUGCCGCAGUGUGUGAUCAAAUUAAUUCCUGACUGGCGUUAAAAUUUGUACCUCAAUUUUUAUACAAUUAUUAAAAAUGUUAUACUAUUACUAAAUAUACGGUGUUGUAACUGCUUAAAAAUUAAACAAUACUUAAAAUAAAAUUGUUAUUAUAAAAUAUAAACAACUUGUUGCUACUUAAUUUACUUUAAGAAUAUCGGUAAUAUAUCGAUUUUUAAUAUCGUAACUCGAUACUUAGUCGUAUGUUUUGAAGGUAUUCACAUUACGUACCGUUAUAACGAUACAUACAACGUUAACGUUGUAACUUGUAACGUUAUUGAGUCUUCUUUUUUAUUUAUUAAUUAUCAACAUUCCUCAAUCUUGAUACUGAAUAAAUAAUAUAUACGUAUUAUAACUAGUUUCCUAUCAUGACUAAACUUAAUGAAAAAAGUGUGAUUUUUUUUCAUCGGAUCAGGCAUAGUAUGUCCGCUUGUAUGAAUAUACUUUCGAAUGGCGAGGUUAGUUUUUUUGUAAUACGCGCACAU